CAUCGCUGACAUUUGCAUCAUAAUUUGAGCCAGAAGAGUUUUGGCAUCAGCCCAUAUUACAACAUGGAUGUAGCACUAUCAUACAUGAGUAACGAGGAGGUUGCUCAAUCUAUGCAAUCGGCACAGCUCGAACUCGUCUACGAACGCGCAUUGCGACAAGCGGAUCGAAUUUACGAAGAAGAGCGUGUGCGAGUAAUGCGCGUACAGCUCUUGCUUGCCGAAUAUGACAGCGAUGAGCUACACGAACAAGCCGAACGCGAUGAAGACGAGCAACACCACCUCGAAGAAAUCAACGAAGAAUUGCGCACCCACCUAUCCGAAGUCGAAGCCGACCUGCAGCAAACCCAGAUGGAGCUGAAAGGGCGUCUACGAGAUCUGGAACGCUUGAAGACUGAAGUAAAUGCACUGAAUGCGGCCAGCGCGGAUGCAACCAAGAUUCUUUCCGAAAAGCUGGCGCUUGCACGAGAAUUGAAUACAUUGAAGCCAGAACUGGAACAUCUCAGAUCACAAGCCUCCUCCCAUCAGAAACUGCUAGCAGAGAAGUUGGCGUUGCAGCGGGAGCUAAGCUCCCUGCAGGUGGAGCUUGAGACAGAGAAGAGGACAGUGCAACGAAUCAAGGCGCAGGAAAAGUCAUCUGCGGAAGAAGAUUCUGUGCUUACCGCGGAGAUUGAGGGCUUGAAGAAAGAGCUGGCCAAGGCGCAUCGCGACGCACAGAAGAAUGAGCGUGACAACAGAAAGAGAGUGGUGGAAUGGGAAGGUGAGAAGGAGAUCCUCGAGGGAAAACUUGACGCUUUCCGAAAUAAAUUGCGUUCAACGAAAGACCAGUUGAAGGAGGCUCAGGACGACAUUGAGAAGUUGCAGGCUGAAAAGAUGGCACAAUCUGCAGAAAUGACCAAGGCCAGGCUAAUCGGAACCACCAACGCCAAUUCCAAGAAGAGAAACAUUGCGAGGUUCGACCCAGACAUGACGAUAGGGACACCUGGACACGGUGCACCAGCGGCAAAAAAGCAACGCAUGUCAGUCAAUGUCGCCGACAAAUCAAACUUCUCAAUCACGCCUUUCCUGAAUCGUACCCUGAGCAUACUGCCCGAGUCUCCAUCGGAAGAGGAGAGCGAACAAGUCAAGAAGCCAUCGCAAGCUGUUACUGUGGGCGAGGCCAAAGGGGCAGCUUCGAAACCUAAGAUAGCGCAGUCACGGCCGGAGAAGCCGUCCGCAACGAACAAGGCAUCUGCCUCCACAAGCAAACCAAAGGCUGGAGCACUCAAGGAAACUACAAACUCCAGAGCCAACAGCACUAUCAAAAAGCCACAAUUAGCCAAGCUAGUGGAGGAGCUUUCGGACCUUGAGAGUGAGGCGGACGAGGCUGAAGCUGUCGGAAAUGUUGACAAGGACAAGGAGAAUACAAUGCAUACCAAGACUACCCAGGAGACAAGUCAGGAUGCAACAGAGCCCCUGGUGAAGGCAAAGGUCUUAAAACGGGUCAACAUCUUUGACGAUGAAGAUGAAGCACCUGGCACCAAGGUUAGAGACCUCGGACGGGGAGGCGGUGGCAUCCUCGGACGCAUCAGUUUGAAAGCAAAACCCAUUGGCAAGGGGAAGGCAUUGGCAGAGUUCUCACCACUUAAGAGGGAUCGAAGGGCUGCGAGCGUUUUCUGAUAGAAGUCGUAGGGCACAUGUGUCCCCAUGACCCAGUGGAUGUCAUUUUGUCGUGAGAUUGGCAGGCACAUCUGGACAUUUGUCUGCCUUUGAUACGAAUAAUUACCCCCUGCUGAAGGACCGUCUGUGGUGACGCCGC